GUCCUGGGAUGAAAGGUCUUUGGCCUUUUUCACUUCUAUUGAUGGUAAAGCCUUUUCACCAGUUUGAACGGAUAACAGAUAACCAGAACACUGCCAACAAAACUCAAGCAUCCGUCCAUGGCCUCCUCUGUUCCGCUUCAGCCACCAACGCCACCGCCUAUCACUUUCCCGCCACCACAAAAUACCACUCCGCCACCCCUUUCCCUUCCACUGCCACUUCCCGAACUUAAAACCCCCACAAUUCGCUCCCGCUUGAGCAAAAUAUGCCAGCAAGGCCAACCUAAUUUAGCCCGCCAACUGUUCGACACAAUUCCCCGCCCAACUACCGUCCUUUGGAACACCAUUAUUAUUGGUUUUAUUUGCAACAAAAUGCCACAAGAUGCCAUUUUGUUCUAUUCCCAGAUGAAAAAUUCCGCUCCUUAUACUUUUUGUGAUAACUAUACUUACUCUUCGGCUCUCAAGGCUUGUGCCGCCACACACAAUUUGAGAGUCGGUAAAUCUGUUCAUUGCCAUUUUAUUAGGGGCUUAUUGAACCCCAGUAGAAUUGUAUAUAACUCUCUGUUGAAUAUGUAUUCUACUUGUUUGAGUUCUUUGGGGGAUGGUGAAAUUGGUGGGUGUGGUUAUUCUGAUUUCGAUUAUUCGAAGUAUGAUUUAGUUCGUAAAGUGUUUGAUACGAUGAAAAGGAGAAAUGUUAUUGCGUGGAAUACUAUGGUUUCAUGGUAUGUAAAGACAGGGAGAUAUGCUGAAGCGGUUAGGCAAUUUAGGAUGAUGAUGAUAAAGGGAAUAAGACCCAGUACUGUUAGUUUUGUUAAUGUUUUCCCGGCUUUGUCAAGUUUAGGGGACUAUAAGAAUGGUAACGUAGUUUAUGGAUUGCUAGUUAAAUUGGGAAGUGAAUAUGUAAAUGAUUUGUUUGUUGUAAGUUCAGCUAUCUUCAUGUAUGCUGAGCUUGGUCUACUUGAUUUCGCUAGGAAGAUUUUUGACUGUUGCUUAGAGAGAAAUACUGAGGUUUGGAACACUAUGAUUGGUGGCUAUGUACAGAGCAGUUCUCCUGUUGAAGCUAUUGAGCUUUUUAUUGAAGCUAUGGUAUCAGAUGAAAUUGAUUUUGAUGAUGUGACUUUUGUAUCGGUCUUAACUGCAGUUUCACAGUUGCAGCAAUUGGACUUAGCUCAACAGUUGCAUGCCUAUAUAAUUAAGAAUUUGGCAACAUUGCCAGUUAUUGUAUUGAAUGCAGUUAUUGUCAUGUAUUCAAGAUGUGGCUUUGUCCAUACAUCAUUUAAAGUUUUCAAUAAUAUGCUGAAACGGGAUGUUGUUUCUUGGAAUACAAUGAUUUCGGCUUUUAUUCAGAAUGGGCUGGAUGAUGAAGGAUUAAUGCUUGUGCAUGAGAUGCAGAAGCAACAAUUUAUGAUUGAUUCCAUUACUGUUACUGCUUUGCUUUCAGCAGCUUCAAAUCUGCGAAACCAGGACAUUGGAAAGCAGACCCAUGCUUAUCUCAUAAGGCAUGGCAUUCAGUUUGAGGGAAUGGAAAGUUAUCUUGUAGACAUGUAUGCAAAAUCUGGUUUGAUUAGAGCUGCUCAACAAAUUUUUGAGAGAAACCAUACUGGAGACAGAGAUCAAGCCACUUGGAAUGCUAUGAUUGCUGGGUAUACCCAAAACGGAUUGAUUGAGGAAGUUUUCAUUACUUUUAGGCAGAUGCUUGAGCAGACCAUAACUCCCAAUGUUGUGACUAUAGCAUCUGUGCUCCCAGCUUGUAAUCCAAUGGGAAGUAUAGAGUUGGGAAAGCAACUUCAUGGAUUUUCCAUCCGUCAUUUGUUGGACCAAAGUGUCUUUGUGGGCUCUGCACUUGUUGAUAUGUAUUCCAAGUCAGGGUCAAUUUCUUAUGCUGAAAAUGUGUUUGCCCAAAUCUCUGAAAAAAAUCCUGUCACGUAUACCACAAUGAUAUUGGGCUAUGGUCAACAUGGGAUGAGUGAGAAAGCUCUCUCUUUGUUUCACACAAUGCAAGAAUAUGACAUUGAACCAGAUGCUGUUACCUUUGUUGCAGUGUUGUCUGCUUGUAGUUAUGCUGGCCGGGUUGAUGAAGGUCUUCAAAUUUUUGAGUUGAUGGAGAGUAAAUACAAGAUUCAGCCCUCAACUGAGCACUUUUGUUGUGUUGCAGAUAUGUUAGGUAGGGUUGGGAGGGUUGUUGAAGCCUAUGAGUUUGUCCAAAAAUUAGGUGAAGAGGGGAAUGUGUUGGAAAUUUGGGGUUCACUUCUUGGUGCUUGCAGACUUCAUGGAAAAUCUGAAUUGGGAGAAAUUGUUGCCAAAAAGUUGCUUGAAUUAGAUAGAAGAAACAACAUUACAGGCUAUCAUGUUUUGCUCUCAAAUAUCUAUGCAGAAGAAGGAAACUGGGAAAAUGCUGACAAAGUAAGAAAAGAGAUGAGAGAAAGAGGGUUGAGAAAAGAAAUUGGAUGCUCUUGGAUAGACACUGGAGGUUACGUGAACUGUUUUGCAUCUAAGGAUCAAGAGCAUCCGCAAACUGAUGAGAUAUAUGAGAUGCUGGAAGGAUUAGCCAUGGAAAUGAAAAAUGCUGGUUAUAGGGCUAGCCGAAGCUCCAAUCUAGAUGUAAUCUUGCAGUUUGAUGAAUGAACUGGAAUAUUUGUUAUAGACUUUGAAAUGGGAGAAUGCAAUCAUGUUAGUAAACUGAAGACAACUAGCCACAAAAAUUUUUGCUGUUGAAAGGCCAGUAAUUGGCCAUUAAAUUACUGCAGAUACAACAUGAUGGUUGUUGGUCUUUUGUCAAGACUGACAAUUUGGAUCUGCUCAACUUGCUCAGUUGAGCAGCUCUGUGUUUAGCAUAACUCCAAUGGACUUGAUGCUUGCAUGGUCUUUAGUGGUCAAAUUAAGCAUCGGAGACUGAAUCAGGGUUGAUUGGAUAAGCUGCUCAACUUUAUUUAAACAAGUCUUAAUUCAUUGCUCAGGAACAAAUUCCACAAUAUGCAAUUAAUUAUAAUUGCAGAAAUCAACAAUACCAUAGUCAGCCUAUUGUACUUCAAGUCCAGGAUGAACAGAUUCUACAAUGUGCUUUCUCCUCAUCAUCUGCAAUUGAGCAAGAUGAUAAUGGAGUUGCCAGGGGACUCCAUGCCAUGCCAUCUACUGCACAACCAGUUUGCACAGGUGUCCCUCUGCAGAAUCAUUCUAAGAUAAACCCGAGCAAUUGAAGGGGGUCAGCAGUGGACAUUCAACCAAGCAUUCUAAGUUUUUACUUUGUUUUGUCUUCCAUUAAAACACUGUUAGAUGAUAAUAAUCUCGUUUGCCAAUUCUAACAGGUAGAUAAUACAGUAUUCUUUUCCACACUGCAUUUAUAUAGAGUAAUUGUGGUUUUUGUUCAA